AUGACGCACAUCCCUUGCGACUCUGGAAAGCAUCGGCCGAGAUCGAGGCGUCCCAGGGGGAGGUCCUCAAUCGAAUACUGAGGGAGCAGAACAUUUGGGACAAGAACUUCCAGCAGUCGAAGGUCAUUGAAGCCCUGGACAAACACACUGAGAUAUAUCACUAUACAACACAGAGCGCCGUGUCUCAGCCACCCCGAGACUACGUUGUGCAAAGGUCCUGGCAGGCUGACAUUCACACAGGAACCUGCGUUUUAGCUGCUGCCUCUGUGGAGCACGCUGGCGCCAUGUGUGAGGGGAUCAGAGGAGAGGUGAUGGCGUGCCAGUACCUGAUCCAGACCACGGGACUGCGGAAAACCAGGCUGACUCACAUCUGCAGAACAGACUCCAGGGGACGAACCCCAGAGUGGUACAAUAAAGUGUUUGGACACCAGCAUGCUGCAGAGCUGCUCCGGAUACAAGACUCCUUCAAACCCGAAAUGAAAGAGACAAAAAUCUAACCUUCCUCUGUGGAGGACAAUGGACAAACAAACAAACACAACACAGGCACUUUAACAACGUUAGCAAACCAGGAUGAGGAACUCUGCCAGCCCAAAUAAAGAGGGAUGAAGGGCUUCUUCAGAACUCAGUCCUACAGUAAUAUAGACUUCUGUGUCUGGGCUCACAAUGACGAUUGUUUGAUGAACUGAUAAGUGUAUCCAGUGGCUAUGCAUGAUCAACCCUGAGAAUGAAGGCCCAGAGCACGAGCACACUCAGGCUCUUAGACUGCAUUCAGUUCAGCUGCAUGAGGUCCAUUCUGCAGCGCUCUGAACCCCCAGGCUCUUAUUCUGCAUUCAGUUCAGCUGCAUGAGGUCCAUUCUGCAGCGCUCUGAACCCCCAGGCUCUUACACUGCAUUAAUUUCACCUGCAUGAUGUUUAAAUCUACCUCUUUGAGGAAAUACCUAAUAUAAAUAGAUUCUAGACACAUAUACAAUAUAGCAGCAGGGGGGGGGCACUGCUGUUGUACCCUUGAGCAAGGUACUUUACCUAGAUUGCUCCAGUAAAAAUCCAGCUGUAUAAAUGGGUAAUUGUAUGUAAAAAUAAUGUGAUAUCUUGUAACAAUUGUAAGUCGCCCUGGAUAAGGGCAUCUGCUAAGAAUUGUAAUAAUCUGCUAAGAAUUGUAAUACAACAUAUAUUCAUAUAUAUAUAUAUAUAUAUAUAUCAAUGUAAAAAUAAACAAAUGUAAACAGAUUGAAAUGUAAGAAAUAGAAGGAUCACACUUCACCA